GGAGGAGAGUUCAACUUCAUGUGCGACAGCUGACGUGAUUCGAUGUGUCUGCUAUCGUUUUAUUGAUCCGUUUCUGAAAACAGUCUGGAGUUAGUUACGCCGUAUGUUCAUGGAAAUAUUCGACAAAUAUGAUGAGAGAUUUAGGGGUAGCUUCCCCAGGAGACGGAAUAAAUGGCAACCCGUCUCGCCAUUCAUCUUCGCGACCAGGUUCGAGUGAUCGGUUGUACCCAUCACUUUUUCCGUCAGACGAUGAAGAUGACGAACCGUACUACUCAAAAGACAGUGACAGUGCCAGUGGAGCAUCUGUUACAAGUGAGGCACGCUCAACUCCCCCACUUGUCGGUAGCAGACGACACCUUUACCCACAGCAUGAUUUUGUGAAUCACCUGAGACCUGAAGAGGUGCGAUGGUUCUACAAACAAGUAGGGGAUAAGGAAUGGAGGCCAUUUAUUGGCUAUGACUCGUUGAGAAUAGAGUGUAGAUUUCGUGCCAUGCAAAAUAUAAUGGAAGAGGAGAAGUCUAUGUUUGAGAAAGAUAUCAUAACUGUCAGAGGCGGUUUAUAUGAAGUUGAUGUUGAUAUGAAAAAAUGCACCCCGAUAUAUUGGUCAGAGGAUGUGGCUGAUAUGAGGCGUGGAUUUUGGUUCUAUGAUGAUUACUGGCAGCCGCUGGAAGACGAGUAUGCUCAGGAGAUAGAAUCUGUUCACAUCUCAAAGUAUAUGGGACACAAACUGGACCAGCCUCCACAAUCUAAAGGCAAAAAACAAGUUAUACAGCGAAAGAACUUUCAGGAAUUCUACGUAGAUUGGAAUGCGGUUGAUGAGAUUUAUCUUUUCAGCGAGUCAGCUUCAUCUAAAAUUUUCAGAUCUGUGAGUAACAAGAUUGGAAUUCCAAAAGGCGGGAAGCGUCUACGUCGGGGCUACCGCUACGAGGCGGUGAUGGACGAUAAACCACCAGACAUCUCUCAUUUACUUUUUGUUAUCCAUGGCAUCGGGCAGAAAAUGGAGACAGGAAAUAUAAUCAGCCGAUGCCGUGAUCUCAGAAAUCAAGUGAAGAUAUUAAAACAGAAGCUCUUCCCAAACUUUGAUGAGUUAAAUCAGCGAGCUGAAUUCUUGCCAGUGGAAUGGCGGACAAGAUUGAAACUCGAUGGAGACACAGUAGAUUCUAUUACACCACACAAGCUGAGAGGUAUCAGGACAGUGUUAAACAGUAGUGCCAUGGACAUCCUCUACUACACUAGUCCACUGUACAGGUCAGAGAUCACUCACAGUUUACAGAAUGAGCUCAAUAGGCUCCAUGAGAUGUUUUGUAGGAGAAAUCCAUACUUUCUAGCUAAUGGAGGCAAGGUGUCCAUCAUUGCUCAUUCCUUAGGUUCUGUGAUAACGUAUGACAUCAUCACUGGCUGGAAUCCCAUACAGAUGUAUGACCAGUUUGUUACUUCUGUCAUUAGCAAUGAAGAACAAACUGCCAGCCCGUCCUCCGAGAUACGGGAUGAACUCAAAGAAGCAAAGAGAAGAGUUAAUGAACUUGAAUCACUGCUGAUGACAGUCCAUGAGAAGCAAAAGACAGAGACAACCCUCAACUUCCAGUUGGAGAACCUUUUCUGUCUGGGAUCACCGUUAGCUGUGUUCCUGGCUCUCAGAGGGGUUCGCCCGAAAGGGAAGGGCACCUUGGACCACAUUCUUCCCAGUUCUGCCUGUAAACGCCUGUACAACAUUUACCAUCCAUACGAUCCUGUGGCAUACAGACUGGAACCACUGAUUCUGAAGCACUACUCCACCAUUGCUCCACUGUGUAUUCACAAACAUGACGCGGGAAACAAGCAGCCCUACGGACAGAUGAAGACAGAGGCCUAUGCUGCCUUCCAAGGGUCAAGUGAGAGACUGAGCGACCGGGCUGACCAAUCAGAUCGAGACUUUGUAGAUAGUACGGAGAUGGCAUCCAACAGCAGCCAGGACACUUCGCCUUCUCGCAACCAAGGUUUAACUUCAUUCUUCAGUGGUAUUUUUACAAGGAAGAAUGAUGUCAACCUUGCUGCCGAACUGAAGAGUAUUAAGAGAUUAGAGAAGGAUGCAGCUGCCAUAGAGAAGUCUCUGGACUCAGAGUUAAUGGAGGAAGAUAUAGACCAAACAGAUUUGGAGUACCGUAUUGACUUCCAGCUGAGAGAAGGUGGAUUUGUGAGUAGUUAUCUCUCUUUGUUGACCUCUCACACUUCCUACUGGAAGGACAGUGAUGUAGCCUACUUCCUGUUGACUCAUCUUCACCCGGCUCUGGAGAAGUCCUGACAGAGGACCUGGGGUAAUAGCUAAAUACUCAAACAUUAAAGAAUUCAUUUGUGAAAUCCUGUUGGUAAAUUACACGAAGAAGGAAAACCAUUAGAGACGAGGCUAAUGUGUAGCUCUGGAGAAUGACCUCUAUAGUGUGUAGCCCUGGAGGAUGACCUCUGUAGAAAGACACCUCUAUAGAAAGACACAGCUAUAGAAAGACACCUCUAUUGAAAGACACAGUCUGUGAUAUGUUAAUGGGUGUCUCCAGCUUAAUAACACCAGCCUUCAUCUGGAGUGAGAAAAAGUAAUGUGUAUGUUAUGUGAGUAUGUAGAUCAUGGAAAACAAUGUUAUUGAAACUCCAGAAAUGUAGUGAAUUGAAAAUGAGCAGUUAAAGUAGUACAUGUAACGAUGAGUGGCAGAGUGACUUUAGUCAGGUCUGAAUGAUACUGGUGCAUGGCACUAAUCAUGUUAGACUGGUAACAAAGAGUAGCAGUGAUCAGGCUUCGGAUUAGAUUAGUACAAACAAAUUAAGUGGCAGCUUGGCCCUAACUUAUUAAACAUAUUAACAUGAUAUGCGAAUGUGUGGCAGUGUGGCUUUAACCAUGUUAGGGUGGUAAUUGUGGCUUCAAGAAGAAUUUUAUGGUGGCAUUAAAGAUUGAUGAUGUAAGGUUUAUUACUAUAUCAGUGGUUCUGGUAAGGUAAGAAAGGUGUGUAGGUGGUAUUGUGGCUUCAGUAAAGCCAGAAAGGUGUGAAAGGUGAGAGAGUGGCAUUGUGGCUUCAGAAAGGUCUGAAAGGUGAGAGAGUGGCAUUGUGGCUUCUGUAAGGUAAGAAAGGUGAGAGAGUGGCAUUGUGGCUUCAGUAAGGUAAGAAAGGUGAGAGAGUGGCAUUGUGGCUUCAGUAAGGUAAGAAAGGUGAGAGAGUGGCAUUGUGGCUUCAGUAAGGUAAGAAAGGUGAGAGAGUGGCAUUGUGGCUUCAGUAAGGUAAGAAAGGUGAGAGAGUGGCAUUGUGGCUUCAGUAAGGUAAGAAAGGUGAGAGAGUGGCAUUGUGGCUUCAGUAAGGUAAGAAAGAUGAGAUAGUGGCAUUGUGGCUUCAGUAAGGUAAGAAAGGUGAGAGAGUGGCAUUGUGGCUUCUGUAAGGUAAGCAAGGUGAGAGAGUGGCAUUGUGGCUUGAGUAAGGUUUUAAUAUCAGAGGUUGGCAGUGUAGCUCAAUUUAAAGUAUAUUAUGAUAUCAAAGAGCAGCAUUGUUAUUUUAGACAUGUUGGAAUAAAGUAUACUUGUAUUUUCUUUGUGGAGGAAAUAUCCAACAGAUUCUAUCAUAUCAAACAAGACAAGGAACUCUCUGAUAGUAUACUGUUAAGAUGAUAAUGAUGAAAAACCCAUGUUUGGUUUGGUGGUACUUACAUACUGUUGUUAAACCCACCAGAUGGCGAAUUAUUUUUACAUUUUAUAACUGUCUACGAGAUUCGGAAAUCUUUGAUGACAAUAUUACAGAACAAUUUUUUUUUAUUUUGUUGUUGUAUUAAUUCUUUUGUUAUUAUAUUUUUUCUCAAUAUGGCAAAAUUGCAUUCCAAUUAUAAUCACAUUGUCAUGAUAAAGUUGAUAUUUGUUUUUUUUUACUCCUGUCUCGCAUAAAUCAGUUUGUGCAUUCCUAAACAAAUUUAUUUGUAUUUAGAUAUAAACAGUGUAAUUCCUAAUUGUUACCAUACAUAGAUACAUUAAUACAAAAGUUAAGUUUCCAAGUUUGUAAGUACAUUUAUUAUUGCCCAAGAAUCUGUUUAUAGUAUAAAAGUUUAAAUGAAACAGAAAUUGUUGAGUGGUUGUGCUGUGAUACCCAAUUGAAAAAUAUCACUUACAAGGCUGAGCAAAAAGUUUCAUAUUUUUAGUGAGGAUAAAUUUUCUCCGUGGGGGGGAGGGAUUAUUGUAUAGAGUGGGAAAACCAUUUCCAGGAAGAAUAUUAUCAGUACAGGGAGGUCCUCUUAGGAGUAUUAAUUACAGAAUAAAAUGUAAUAUGUAAUAUCCAUUUUGGGUGGGAGUGUAUUGGCAGUAAAGGGAGGAAAAUAUCAGUAUAAGGAGGAUAUUGUCAGUAUAUGGAGGGUUCUCCAGGGAGGAUAUUGUCAGUAUAGGGAGGGUUCUACAUAGAAGAUAUUGUCAGUAUAGGGAGGGUUUUACAGGGAUGAUAUUGUCAGUAUAGGGAGGGUUUGUCAGGGAGGAUAUUGUCAGUAUAGGGAGGGUUCUACAUAGAGGAUAUUGUCAGUAUUGGGAGGGUUUUACAGGGAUGAUAUUGUCAGUAUAGGGAGGGUUUUACAGGGAUGAUAUUGUCAGUAUAGGGAGGUUUGUCAGGGAGAAUAUUGUCAGUAUAGGGAGGGUUUGUCAGGGAUGAUAUUGUCAGUAUAGGGAGGUUUGUCAGGGAGGAUAUUGUCAGUAUAGAGAGGAUUCUUCAGGAACGAUAUUGUCAGUAUAGGGAGGAUUUGUCAGGGAGGAUAUUGUCAGUAUAGGGAGGGUUGUACCGGGAGGAUGUGUGGGUGAAGUAAGACAAUACUUCAGUGCCUCAAUGUUAUAUAACCAUCCUGUGAUUUUUACCCAUAUGCUGUACCAGUUGUGGUGCUUUAUUUUCUUAUGGAUAUAUUUUAUUGAAUUGUUACAGGUGUUUUGUAAUGUUCAGAUCAGUGUACGACAUGUUGGUGAAAAUACCAAUAUAUACUGUUGUAUCUGUGUUGAAUUCAUUGUUUUUUACAUUCUGCUUACGGUAUAUAUGCUACAGAAAACAUCAUUUUCAAUACUAUCUUUCUGAACAAUCUGAUAUCUUCCAGGUAUGUUUUAAUUAGCAUCUGCUGUAUUAGUGAACAAGUAUCUGUUUGUUUCGAUCCAUGUUAGUAGAUAAUUAUACAAUGUUAGUGUCUGACACUAGCCUUAGGUCGGUGAAAUUUGGUACAGGUGUUAGGUAUCAUAAUGCUAAUUUCUGGCCAAUUGAUUUCAUUGUUAGCUAAGGAUUCAGACAGAAGUGCCUCUCAGUCUGGCAGGUUUAUACUAAGUUCCCUGUUAACUCUGGUUUACCUCGACUUUUGUCUGUUGAUGUAAAUCUAUAAUGUUAUCGUACUGGUAAAUUACAUGGUUUGUAUGUAUUUUAUAAUGUUUAAGAUUGUUAAGCUGCAUUUCAAUUAACUUUUGGUGAAGUUUAUAUCUCAUCUGAUCCUGAGAAGCUUGGCCUGUUCGAAAAAUAACCGAGAUUAACUGUAUAUUUAUUUGUUUGUUUUUGUUGAUGUCAAUUUCAUAAACGAUACAUCUUACAUAGUGUGAGUGUUUUGAGAGCUGUUUGUGUAGAUAAUUUUUGGGUGACACAAUUUUUGAAAAUCCAGGGCUUGUGUUCUCGAUUACCGUAUUUAUCCUCAAAUAAACCCCUUCCCCUGUAGAAUUUUGGGGAGGGCUAAUAUGUGAGUUAUUUCAAAAUUGACAAUUCUGCAAAAAUGAAGGGGGCUUAUCAGUGGGUAGGGGCUUAUUUGCGGAUAAAUAUGGUAGUUAUAUACAAAGAUCGUACAUGAAACCAAUCCAAGGAUUUUCAGCGAUCGGUCACAGAGACACAGGCUCUACAAUAUACAUGUAUCAAUGUUUAUGUUGUAUGUUACAAACUUAAGUGAUGUAAUCACUUUGAUCUCAAAAUCCAUUCCUUCUUUAUCCAGUAUUUCUGUCCACUGUUAAAAUAAUCUGGAAUCAUAUUUCGUUAUCAAAUACACUUGUCAAUACUUAACCAUUGCCAUUCAUUAUAAUUUAUUUUUGUGCACUAAUAUUGUAUAUAAUAUCAAAGAUGGUAGCUUGAUCAAAGAAGAACAUUCAGGAUGGUCUGAAUUAAAAUGUUUAUUAUAUAAUAUGUUCACUUUUUGCAGUAUUUUUGUACCCGUUAGUGCAAUACAAGGGAAGAGUAAGCUUUAGCUAAAUCAGUUCUUGAAAUGUUGGUUGUUUUUGUAACAAAUUGUCAUGCAUUAUUAUAAUUCACACAAAUACAUAUUUAGUAAAUCCUUAUUCCUAUUUCUUAUGAUAAUGUAUGUUCACUGCCAAUUGACACCAGUUACUGAACACUUCCCUAUAGGCUAUAGUGGAAACAUAGGACAUAGAUACAACCAACCAUCUCUGAUGAUAUUAGGAUCAACCUACAACUAUCUCUGAUGAUAUUAGGAUCAACCUACAACCAUCUCUGAUGAUAUUAGGAUCAACCUUGGCGUCUGUCUUGCCUCUGGAUCAUAAUCAUGUAUAAUCAUGUGAGAUCAAGACCCAAAACCACAAUUUGUUGGUAUGAGUUGACAAAUUCAUUCUGAACUCUUGGGGGUAUCAACUAUCACUUAUUUCUAUAAUAAAUCCCAAUGAGUUCAGGAUGGGACUGAAUCAUUUCUUCCCAAAAAAAACCCAACAAACAACACGCUAUCUCCUUCCGCGAAGUAUUUGUUUGCAAUUUUGUAAUAUGGUUCAUGUUUUUAUACUUUUGAAGACACCAGUUUAAGAUAAAUAAAUGGUAGAAAACACAUUAAAACCAAAGACAAUAACCUGCUUUAUUAUUGAGUAUUCCCCAACUAUUUUCUGUGCAAAUUAUUACGCAUGCUACCUGGCUUGUGCAAGGGGAGGUAAUUCAUACACACUCUAGUGGAUGCGACAUUGACAAGUCACCUCUUGUCUUCAGAGUUCGUCCUGAUUUCUUGGUACAAGCACUAGAUCCCCAGUCAUUACUUUGAAAUGGUUGCAAUCACACCCCAAUAACUAUCAAUUAAAUAAACAUGCUGGACAUGAAGUGAACAUCAAAAUCAUGCUGCAAGGAUCUGGAUUGGUCUCAUAUUUCCUACCUUAUAACUUAGUCAUAAAAUUUAACACAAAUAUAUUAACACAGGGAUCUCUAUUAUUUAAGAGUGAAACAAAUGCUCAACCUAAAUCAUGCUAUCAGGAUUGGCAUCAAACAUGACAACCCACUCCUUAUUACCAUAUACAUGUAAUCUUAAUCUAAUUCAAUACAUACUAUAUAUACGUGGGACUAUGGGACCAGUUUAGCUCCCCUAGGGACAAUAUCCUACUUUUGUUAAUCUUUAAAAAGCUUGCACCUCUUGGCUAGGUUGUCAGCUAUAAGUAUUCAUGGGGUUGAAAAUAAUAUGUUAGAAGGGUGGUGUUCCUCUAUGGUCCUAAAAGUAGAGUCCAAAAACGGAAUAUUUAUCAGUGACGGAUGAAAUACCUUAGGUGACCAAUACAGGCCCUCUCGCUUUUUGAUUCAGUGACUUAUAUAAAAUGCUGUCUGAAACAUUUUAACUCAAUAGACCAAAUCAAUGUCAUAAAUAACAAGAAAUAAUAAUCAUUGGUGUUUCAUUUGUUUGUGAAACUUUGCUCUGUCAAAAAAUAUCAAAUUUAAUGUGUUGUAUUUUUAUGCGACAUUUAUUUUAUGGCCACAUAAAAUGCCAAAUGUUUCAAAUAAAAAAUGUUUUAUAUACAAUGAA